UUCAAUGUUUUGAGACCUUCUCGUGGCAACAUGUGUAAAAAUAGGCUGUCUUUGUUGACUUUGCGCAAUUCUCUGGAAUCCUUUCCCGUCUUUCAGCCAAGAUUUCAGAUGUGUUUGUGGGCUGUGCUCUCUCUAAAUGUAGAUUUGGGUUCAUUUGAAGGGUCAGCCAUUUUUCAAACCCACACAGCUUUAUUAAAAAAUGCAAAGAUAACAAUCUAUUAUACUGAUAUUGAUGAAUUAGAUGAUUUCAACAACCUUAAAGCCUCAGUGCAUAAAGGAAAUCAGAAUGGUAAAACUGUGUGUUGCAAGGAAUAGGGUAAACACAAGCUUUACAAUGUUGUCAUUUGUGGAUCUCUUGUCAUAAUUCAACAAGUGUAUUGUGGUAUGAAAUGUCCUCAUGUGGCUUGCCAUAUAUCUUCUUUUUUUUCUUCUCACCCCUCAUUGCUGAGUGUAUUAACGUCUCUCUCUCUCCUGGGUUGUCGUCCUCUUCUCUUUCACACAGAACAGGGGGACAAGAAGACAACAAUGUUAAGUAUCUCAAGGCCAAGCUGGGCUACAAGAAGAUAAAAACCCAGGUUCCCAGGCCUUGACAAGCAAAACGUUGCGCAGCAUCCUCAUCUCGUCACUCCUAUCUCCAGCCUCCGACCAGACGGACAGAACCAACUGCAAGCGACCUCUUUUGCCUGACUCGAAAAGCUAAUUCACCCAGCUCAUCACCAUGUCCUUUGCGUUCACCGUCUCCAUAAUGCUUCUGGGCUCUUCGGCUGUGGUUGCGUUUGUCUUGCAGCCAUCCAAUGAAGAACCUGCAACCUCUGCCAUCAGUUGCCAUGGCGAGUCAUUGGAGUCCAUCAGGAAGAGUCUCCUUAGGGCUCUCAACCUGGAGGCCGAGCCUCGGCUUCCUGCUGGCGGGCUGCACGCUAUCAGAGAGCAAUGGCAGCGCACCAAUUCUCACAGAGCCAAAGUUGCUGCAGCUGCAGCAGCCCCUGACUCACGUGAUGGAGAAAACCGUCUGAGGUGCUGCUCCGUGGCCUCUGAGAUCUUCAUGAAAGAUCUGGGCUGGGAACACUGGGUGAUCCAUCCCUCCAGCCUCACCAUUGUUCAGUGUGCACUCUGCAACCGUGAGAUGAACACCGUGCAAUGUCCAUCAUCCCACACCAAUGGCCAGAAAGCCGACUUACAGGUCCAGGUGCCAUGUUGUCAGCCCAGCUCCCAGGAAUUGGUGCCCGUCGUCUAUGUGGACGAGUCCAGCACUGUCGUCAUUUCCUCUGUGCAGCUGACCCGCAGCUGCGGCUGUGGACCUGGAGCCAACAGAGAGUAAAGUUGUUUUCCUGUCACAUCUUUUAGCCACUUGGAACGUAAACAAAAAAUAGAACCGUUUAAAGUAGAAUAUACCUCUAGGUGCAGGCCUAUAUUCUCUUACAAACACUUAUGUUGCUUUUUCAACUCUGAGCGUGGGAACCUAAGUUUUGCAUUCCUGUGCCUCUGCUCUAGCCAGAAAAAAGAGAUACAAGGGCGUAGCACAGAUUUUUCGAGUCACUCGACCACAAAACUGAUUUACAAUUAUAUGCUCUUUUAAUAGCUGUGGUGAGAGAAGGGGAUUACUGAGCUCGAUCAAACAUGACUGGUCUCAAAUUACAAUCUAUUUCAUGUGAUAUUGUUUUUAAUAAAGAGUUACCAGUUUGAUUUUGCAGGUGAAUAAAAAAGAUAAUUUCUGCAGACGAAUCCAAGUAUUUCUCUUGCAACAAGUUAGAAACAGAGAUGUGAAAUGCAGCUGACACCAGUUUAUCUUUUAAACAGGUCAUGAGUCCACAGUGUUAUUUAUAGUCACUAACAGUCACCUAGUGUCCCCUCCAAAAAACUGAGACAGUCUGAAGCCAAUCUUCUCUCUGAUCUGUUUUCCUCACAUGGAAAUCAAUCCCAAACGGCCAAAUUGCAUCAUAUUAAAAAUAGACUUAAAAGCAAUAAAUGAAAUACAGGCUCGUAGUUAUGAUGCUUAGACAUUUUGCAGAGAGAUUAACAAGAGCAUAUUAUCUUCAGAUCAAACUCCCUGCACCUAAAAGUCUGGCUAAAUUAAAAACAUCUGUUUCGUACUUUUCCACAAACCUCCAUUUGCAAUGUUCCAUCUUCAUGUUUUUUUUUUUUUAAAGGACAAUGCUGCCCCCCUCCCAAAAAACUGGGACAAUGAAAGAAUAAUUAUUAGUUUUAUGAUAUAUAAAAUGUUUGCAACAAAACAAAGUUGCUUUGUAUCUAUUUGUGGGCAAAGAAACAUCUGCAUUUAAUCCUGAUAAAUACAUCCAAGUGUGAACGUUUCUAUAUUUCACAUUGCAUGUAUUCACAUGGUAGUGAUCUGUAAUUUUCAGUAUUUAAUCAUUAAGAUUUAAUCCUGGCACACAAAAGUGGCAUUCAAAUGAAAUGGGGUUAUAUCGUUUUUUUUUUGUGUCAGUGCUAUUAUUGCUUCAUAUAUAUAAUGUAUUAAUCCUUAUCAUAUUAUCCCAUGUACACAACUUUAACAGCUCACUUCUCAUGAUAUUUUAUAGUUCUCAGUUGUUUGCUUGUAUUCUCCCACUCACUUCAUUGAGUUACCUCACCAUUCACUUUUCAAGUAUUGUUUUUGUUUUUUAUGAGUGAGCUGUGAGUCACCUGAAAUGAAUCAAUAGACUUAGAUCGCAUGCAAAAUGUUUUAUUGUGCAUAUAUCUAUGAUUUAGCAUCUUAAUCAUUUGUACAAAUCAGUGAUUUCUCUUUGGCAUUUUUUGAAUAAAGAUAAUUGAUAUCAACAAA